GAGCAACUGGACAGAAAAAAAAACAACUGAACUGUAAUUAGGUGCCAUUAUUAUUUCAUACCAAAUUGCACACGCUUUUUAGAUAAAAUCUUCAAAAUAUAAACGCCCGAAAUGUUCGCCUCCGCUUGGCGCAGCGUGGCCACUUCAGUGGAGACUCAGUUGACCGCCACUUACUUUCGAGGUUCGUCCAGCAAUCUGCGAUUGCGUCUGCGGCUGGCGGUUCCUCAUCCGGAUUCCCCUGGUUUUGGAGCAAUUCGAAGACGAUUUCUGGCUGUGCCCGUCUGUCAAAGUCUCGUCAACCUGCAAAAACUGCGCAAAGUCGGCUUUAGAGGCAUGCAUAGCACUUUGGAGGACGUCAAGCUGGAAGGCAUGGAGAUUAAAAUCCUGCCUGCCCUGCAGGAUAACUAUAUGUAUCUUAUUGUGGACGGAAAAACAAGGGAAGCAGCCGUUGUGGAUCCUGUUGAGCCGGAAUUGGUCAUAAAGACAGUACAGGAGGAGAAACUGACGCUCAAAAAGGUGCUGACCACGCAUCAUCACUGGGAUCAUGCUGGUGGCAAUGAAAAGCUAGUGAAGCUCUGGGAACAGCAAUUGGAUGUUUAUGGUGGCGAUGAUAGGAUUGGCGCUUUAAACAAAAAGGUGCAGCAGGAUGACACCUUCACCAUUGGCAGCCUGAAUGUCAAGUGCUUAUCGACUCCUUGUCACACCACCGGACAUAUUUGCUACCACGUCACUGCACAGGAUGGAAAUGGCGAGGGAGCCGUCUUCACUGGUGAUACACUUUUCCAGGGCGGCUGUGGACGCUUUUUCGAGGGUACUCCUGAUGAAAUGUACGAGGCACUGUGCACCAAGCUCUCCGCUCUGCCGGAUAGCACGAAAGUCUUCUGUGGCCACGAGUAUACGCUGCAGAACAUGAGCUUCGCCCGUCACGUGGAGCCGGACAACGAGGUCAUCCAGCAGAGGAUCGAGUGGGCUAAGCAUCGUCGCGCCUCGCAGGAUCCCACGGUGCCCUCGACCAUUGGCGAGGAAAAGUCCUGGAAUCCCUUUAUGCGCGUCCACGAGGCCACUGUGCAGAAGCAUGCCGGUGGGGCCACCGAUCCCAUCGUCACUAUGGGCAAGUUACGCAAGGAGAAGGACAACUUCAAAGCCUAAUUAUAUAUUGGGGUUUUUUUAAAUAACGUUUGAACAUGUGAUUUAAUAUUGGAAAUAAUGGUUAAUAAAAUUAACGGUAUAUAUGAAAAAAAAA